AAAGAGCUGGUCGUGGCAGUGCUGGCCGGAGACGAUUUGGCACCGAGGGACGAUAGCCUGGGCUUCGGGGCGCUGCCGGAAGCUUACGCCAGAUUAUGUCUGCUACCUUUAACCACUGAGGAACAUUGCGUGCAAACGGAAGUAGCUCCGGCAAGUCAAAAUCCAAUAUGGAACGCAAACCUGAGUUUUCCGGGCGUUCCGGGAGAAGAACUGCUCGAUAGAUACCUAGAACUAACAAUAUGGGACUUGAUCCCGCACAACGAACACGCCUUCCUAGGCGAAUGCUCCGUGGACUUACAAAAGGCCUUCUUGGAUGACCGCGCUGUGUGGUGCAGACUCGAAGAUCCAAGACAGCUGCGAGGCAAGUCCCCGCACAAUUCGCCAAGAGGAUCCAUUGCUGGUUCCGGGAAAAGAAACGACUUCGGCAAUCAAAGAAGUGUCUCUGACGACGUGGAUUCCAUUGGCGAAUGUGCGAGUUUAUUGCACCCUGACCACGCUUGGGGAUCGAGAAGAGGAUCAUCUCAAUCAGAACAGCUGGAAGUGGAAGUCUACCAGUUGGGCAAAGACUUCUCCAGGUCGCUACCAGGAUCCAGAAGAUCGUCUUUCCAGUCGGCGGAAGAGCAAGCAGCAGCUGAAGCUGCAGCUGUUCCGCCGCCUCCUUCGUACAGCAGAGACAGAAGGCGUAGCAGCUGCACCAGGAUGCUGAGAGAUCCCGAGGAAAUUUUGAAGUCUUUAAAAGCUGUGAAAGGAGAGUUGGGUCGAACUAUGAGCUUGGCUGGAGAGAAACGGCAUAGACGCUCUACAAGCGGCGCAUCAGGCCGCAAAGACAGCGUCAUGGAAAUCGUGGAAACGCCAAAGGAAAUGAGCCCCCCUUCGAGCCCCGAGCGCACCUCGCCCCCGCAUCUCGGCCCCGGCCAAAUUAAGCCGCGCGGCUUCCGCCUAUCGUCGACGCGCCCCGUCGAAAUCAAACUCGGCCUGCUGAUGACCAAGGGCCAGCUGGAGGUGGAAGUCGUGUCCGGGCGUCACAUCGCGCCGCGCGAGACGCCGCCCGACACCUACGUGAAGUGCUACCUGCGCGACGGCGACCGCUGGCUGCAGAAGAAGAAGACGCGCGUGGUGCGGCACAGCUGCGAGCCGCAGUUCCGGCAGACGUUGAGGUAUCAAGCGUGCGACGUGCUGGGCCGCAGCUUGGUGGUGAUGCUGUGGGAGAGGCAGGGCGGCUUCGAGCACAAUCAGGGCAUCGGCGGCGCAGAGGUGGCCCUGGAUUCGCUCACUCUCACUCACCUGACGAUCGGUUGGUAUCCGCUGUUUCCUAUUCACUCGCUCGGCUCUGACUCCAACGAUUCGCCUUGACCUGCUACGUCUCCUCCAGACGAUUCUGAUUAAGCAACAAAAAAAAUUCAUUUUUGUUUAUUUACAAGCAAUUGUUUAAUAAUUUGUGAAGGGUAUAACAACAAC